AUGUUGCAUAUCAAGCCCGUUGAACGUUGCACUGUAUUCAACAAAUUAACUGGACUUAUCCCAUACUCUUUACCAUCGAUUUAUUCUCUUGGGAGACUGAACCUAUCUUACAAUAACUUGAGUGGUAGGAUCCCAAGAGGACCACACUUUGAUACAUUGAGUGGAGAUGGUUCAGCAUAUCUCAACAACAGUUUGUUGUGUGGCUUCUACACAAAUAAUACUUGCGAGGCUGAUCAGAGAACUGACGCUACUGAUGGGAAUUCUCCAAAUGAAGGUCAUGAAGAUGAUAAAGAGGAUGCAAAAGAUAAGUUGUUGCUGUAUGCUAUAGUUUCCUUGGGGUUUGCAGUUGGAUUUUGGGGUCUAUUCUUUGUUUUGCUUCUCAAGAAACAGAAAUGGUGGUUCCCGUAUUGGAGAUUAGUAGAUGUGGUUGCAGUGGGAGUCGCUAAUUGUAUGUGGAAAAAUUAA